AUGCUCAAGCUCAAUUAUAAGGCCAUAGAGUUUGAAUUAAAUGUGCAGCUCGCGGAGUUGUCCAACAUCCCGCAGCUGGACCACGUUUCGUGCUUUUACAUCCAGACCAUCUCAAACAGCCGGCUCACGGGCAGGCACCAGUACCAUCAUAGACACGCGGCACAGUCGGCAGAACGUCCCGUCGAAAACCACAAGUCCGUGUUCAACAACGAGCAGAUCCGGGCCAGACUGAAGCUGUAUGCAAAUCCCAAGGAAUCUUUCACGCUCUCCGACAAAUGGCUGUACAUUACUUUUUUUAUUCACGAUUCGCAAACUAGCAAGAAAGAUAAGCUCGGCACGCUGGAGCUCAACUUGACGGAUGUACAUGAAACACCUCGAUAG